AUGGCGAUCCAGUUUUGUGGCCCUUGCGGAAAUACUCUCGACAUCUCGCCGGAUUCAAUUAUUAACUGCGAUUGUUGUGGCUCUAUGAACAAGAAUGAAUUAUUGGCCGGCAUAGUCACUAUUUCAUCAAAUAGCAAUUUCCCUUCCGAGAUUCGCCAGAAAAGAGACACGACACAGCAAUUACAGUGUCUGGCGCCCGCAGAUACUUGGCCCAAGACUGAGGAAACAUGCCGAAAGUGUGGUGCGAGGGAAGUUCGAUACACGGCCCUUCAACUGAGAAGUGCUGAUGAAGGAACUACUUUAUUCUACUACUGCCCGGAAUGCUCAGAGAGGUGCGUGUUCUAUUGUACAACCUUGACUCGUUUCGUAGCCACUUACAAGAAGAGUAAUAGAUGGAAUGAAGGCAAUUAA